AUGGUGCAUCUGACUGGUGAGGAGAAGUCUGCCGUCACUGCCCUAUGGGCCAAGGUGAACGUGGAGGAAGUUGGUGGUGAGGCCCUGGGCAGGCUGCUGGUUGUCUACCCCUGGACUCAGAGGUUCUUUGAGGCCUUUGGGGACCUGUCCACUGCUGAUGCUGUUAUGAAAAACCCUAAUGUGAAGAAACAUGGCAAGAAGGUGCUAGGCUCCUUUAGUGACGGCCUCAAGCAUCUCGACGACCUCAAGGGAACGUUUGCUGCGCUCAGUGAGCUGCACUGUGACAAGCUGCACGUGGAUCCUGAGAACUUCAGGCUCCUAGGCAACGUGCUGGUGGUUGUGCUGGCUCGUCAUUUUGGCAAGGAAUUCACCCCGGAGGUUCAGGCUGCCUAUCAGAAGGUGGUGGCCGGUGUGGCUAACGCCUUGGCCCACAAGUACCAUUGA